AUGGAGGCGCCCCCAGAUGUCGUGCCUUCCGUUGAGGCGCCGCCCGCGACACACGAUGACUCCACAACGAAGCCAGCUCUGACGCCGCCCACGAGCGAAGACAACGACAAGCGAUUCGAGAGGAUGUCGUCCGAACUCUCCGAGCUGGACAGCGACGACGGCGAAGACAUCGAACCAGACCAUUACUUCGAGGGAGGAAAGAUACCCGUGUUCAAGCCAACAAUGGACCAAUUUCGCAAUUUCAAGCGCUUCAUCGACAAGAUCGACAAGCAUGGAAUGAAGUCGGGUAUCGUCAAGGUUAUUCCACCAGCGGAAUGGCGCCAAUCGCUCCCUGAUCUUACCGAAGCCGUCAAGGGCAUCAAAGUCAAGAACCCCAUCACGCAAGAGUUCGCUGGACAGCACGGGAUCUACACACAAGCCAACAUUGAGAAACAACGAUCGUACAAUCUGCCGGAAUGGAAAGCCGUGACGGACGAGCCACAUCAUCAGCCGCCAGCCAAGCGAGGCGAGCGCCGAAAGGCUGCUGCCGAACCCCCCUCUCGUACCCGCUCGUCGCGCGCCGCCCCUGCAAAUCGCGAUGCCUCGCCUGCACCUAAGCGCGGACCUGGUCGCCCUUCUCGAAGGCGCCAGGUGAAGAAGGAGCCAGUCGAAGACGAUGAAGACGAAGAUAGCUCUCCCGAGGUCCCUCCCACACCCACAUCACCCGGAAACGAGGGGAAGAAAACACCAGCAAGGAGGAUCAAGAAGGAAGCGCGCGGCACACCACCUGCUAGGGCACGCGGUCGGCAAGCCAAGACAGCCGACGAGAAGAAAUCCGUCUCUUCUCGGCGUCUGAAUAACCGCGGCGCAGUGGCCGAUUACAUUGACGAGGCUGCGUUUGAGGACUUCGACUACCACCUGGAUGGCCUUGAUGAGUACACCGUCGAGCGAUGCAAAGAGCUAGAGGACAACUAUUGGAAGACGAUCAACUAUGGCUCGCCCAUGUAUGGAGCCGACAUGCCGGGUUCUCUGUUUGACGACUCGACCACCUCCUGGAACGUCGCGAAGCUACCCAACCUUCUGGAUGUUCUUGGAACCAAGGUCCCUGGUGUCAAUACGGCCUACCUCUACCUGGGCAUGUGGAAAGCCACUUUUGCCUGGCACUUGGAGGAUGUGGACCUUUACAGUAUCAACUACAUUCACUUUGGUGCCCCCAAGCAGUGGUACAGCAUAUCGCAAGAAGAUGCUCGCCGCUUCGAAGCUGCCAUGAAGACCAUCUGGCCAAACGACGCAAAGCAUUGCUCGCAAUUCCUUCGCCAUAAGACCUACCUAAUCUCGCCUCAGCGACUGGAAAGGGACUUCAACAUCAAGGUCAACCGUCUGGUCCACUACGAGGGCGAAUUCGUCAUCACAUAUCCGUAUGGCUACCACUCCGGGUACAACAUUGGCUACAACUGCGCAGAAUCGGUCAACUUCGCAAACGAAUCUUGGUUGAGCUAUGGUCGGAUCGCAAAGAAAUGUCUCUGCGAAUCUGACAGCGUUUGGGUUGACGUUAACGAGAUUGAGCGCAAGCUACGAGGAGAGCCAACACCGGAGUACUAUGAGGAGACUGAUGACGAUGACGGCGACGAUGACGGCGCUGAUCGUCUGCCCAGUCCUCCAGCCAGUGUCGCUGGCAAAACCAAAGGAAAGCCAGGCCGUAAGCCAGCCGGCAACAAGAGGAAGCGCGGCAAGGAGGAUCCUAAGGAGACGUCUCAACCAAAGAAGCUCAAGCGCAUUCGCAUCCGUAUCAGAAUUCCAGGUCGAGGUAUGCCCUGCAUUCUCUGCCCUAAUGAUGUGGAGUACGACGAUCUGCUACCGACCGACAAUGGCAUGAAGGCUCACCGCAUCUGCGCGGACUAUACGCCUGAGACUUACAUCGUCAACAAGGGCGAUGUCGAAACUGUGUGCAACGUGGCCAACAUCGGCAAGGACCGCUUGGAGCUCAAGUGCAACUACUGUCGGUCUAAGCGCGGCGCCGUCUUCCAGUGUUCGCAAAAGAAGUGUACUAGGGCCUUCCAUGCUACCUGCGCGGUGGCUGCAGGUGUCCAGGUUGACCUUGGUCCCAUGCCUACCUUCGACGCAGAGGGCACAGAAUACUUUUACGAUGGCUACGACUUCCGAUGCCGUUUUCACCGGCCAAAGAAGCGCAACAACAAGACUGUCGAUGUGGAAGCACUGGAAAAGGACAAGUUUGUUUUGGCCUAUGGCAAGACUCUCAAACCCAAGGACGUCAUUCAGUUCCAGUACGUGGGUGGCGAAAUGUACCAGAUCUACGGUGCACAGGUCGUGGAAAACCGACCUGGCGAGCAGGCUGUCCUGGUAGAUGUAUUGCCUGACGGUGAUAGAGUGGAAGUCGAGUGGAAGUACAUACUCAAACUUCAUCCGGACGAAUCGCAGCGACUGAAGCCGUCCGCAAAUGCCAAGCCACUUCCAGAGCAUCUUAAGGAGAGCGACGCAUCCCUUGACAUCACGAACCGCACCGACGGUGUGCCUGAGAUGGGCGAUCCUUUCCACGACCCCAACUCCGAGCACAAGUGGGCUGAAUGGUAUACUGCUCCUGAGGUCACUCGGAGAGUGGCUAAAGUCGAUCUCAGCAAGGAGGACCGGCUUUGGUACUACCUUGGAAAGCCUUCAACCGAGGCUAGGCCACAGUACACUGAGAACCCUGCAAAGCCUAGGAACAACCCCAAGAGCAACUUCCUCGAAACCGUCAAGCCUCCUCCCCCGCCAGUACCAGCCUUCCAUCGUACUUCGUACCCAGCCUCUUAUCCAAUCAAACCGGCACCUAUCGCAGUACCUCCGCGCACACCGAUGCAAUAUCAAACACCAGAUGGUCGGCCGUACAAUUACAAGCCGAAGGAAUUGACGAUGUCGUCUUACAGGUCGCCGGUUUACAACCCUGAUACUCGCAAGAAUCCCAAUUCGCCAGUAGCACAUCAACCCAAUGUCAGCUAUGAUCAUCGCUUACCCACAGGACAACAAGGGCAGCAGCCAUACCAAGGCUAUCACACGCAUCGGUCACCGCACCCUUCGCAGCAGCAACAGCAGUAUCAGCCAUAUGUGCCGCCACAGAGCUACUCUAAUGCGUCCUGGAAAACACAGUCGGCAACGCCUCUGCUCAAUGGUAUUGACAAGUAUGCGCAACCGGCACAGAAUAACGCUCUACCGCCAUACCCAUACUCUCAGAGUCCUCGUCAAUUGCCACCCUCACCAUACUCACCAGGCGCGGGACACAUUGCUGCUUCACCUUAUGGUCCACCAAGCCAUCAAAGUCAGGCACAACCACACGGUCGCGCGUCGAUCUCAAACAUGCUGAGCAACCCUACUGGGACUCCCAAACCUCCAAUGUACGCCGUCACACCCUCCUCUGAAGUCAUCUAUGCUGCCCAAUCCCCCACUGAUCUGGAUGGUGGAAUCGCACCUGAAUGGAUGCCAAAGCAGGCUACGCCGAGAAGCAGUGGUACACCUACUUCCAUCGCACCAAGGCCCAUCGCGUCACACGGAGCCGCGCCUUCUCCUGGAUACUACGGACCACCGCCGCCGACAGGUCUACCUGCACCAAGGCCAUCCGCACAAUUCCAGUCUCAGGAUGCUUUUCAACGAGAAAUGGCAAGGACGACGCAGACUCCCGAGGCGCCAAAGUGGGAACAGAUGCUUAAGCAGCUCGCUACAUCGACAGGCCCCACAGGGACGCCAUCCAUGACUGCGUACUCGCCACAGGCACCUCAACCUCGCUACCCUCCCUCGGGGCCCCGCUCCAGUCUAUCGUACGACCUACCUAGGAGCAUGCAAGCUUCGCAAAUUCAAACCCCACCAGGACCGCCACCACGCGAGCCACAACGACCAACACCUAGCCCCAUCAGUGACGACGGUAAAGGCGGUCUUGUAGCUGUACCAAGGGAUCAAAAGCCAGUGCUGCCGCCUCUGCCGCCUACGACGAACGUCCACGGGGCUGAGACAUGGCGCUACUCGUCUUAA